CUCUUUGGUAAAGGACUGACGCUGUUCCCCCCCCCUGUCACCUGCCCGGGCGCGGCCCUGUUUUGAUUGGAAGACGUGUCGACGUUGAACGAUAGUGGGUGACUAGGAAGAGAGGGGUUGCCUGGGGGAGAGAGGGAGAGGGCACUUGGCCUCGGGUGGGCUCUCGAGGUCAUGGUGUCUGGCACAUUUCCGUGAGCUGGGCGUGAGCGCGGGCAAGAUGGCAACCUCUGAAUUGACACCGGCUCAGCGUUUUCUGCUGGAGGAGAAUCGAAAGACGUUGCAGGCGUUGCGCACUGAGCUUGGAGACCUUAAGGAAAAAAACCGAGAUGAGGAGUCACAGGCGGAAAACUUGGCCCGCGUGACAGAAGAGCUGGCGGCGACGCGCCUUGCGCUGGCGACAGAGCGCGAACAACAUGCGCAGGCGCGUGCCCGGAUCGAGCAGUUGGAAAGCCAGCAAACACAGCACGUUCAAGAGCUAGCACAGCUGGCCACGCGCAUGACGGCCCAGCAAGGCCAAAUUGAGGCUUCAUCAGUGCUGCGUGCAGAAAAUGAUGCACUUCGAGACGACAAUCGGGCCUUGCAUCGUGCGCAGGCCGAGUUGACCAUGCAACUACAUCUGCUGCGGCGUGCCUUUCACGGCGACGCGCCUCAACCAGUGCCAGCAAGUGCAACGACAACGACAACGACCACUCUACCAGGUGGUAGUCAGCCCGGGGCCGCACCUGGGGCUGUACGUUGUUUACCGAAUUUACGCAAAGAUGAUGGCCCGUCAACUUUGGCCCCCUCACCACCGCGGCAUCCGGCACCCCACACCACGUCACCGCGGCGCCACCAUACCCAUCACGUUCGCCGCAGCUUGCCGUCAGCAUUGCCCAAGCCCUCCACGUUGGAAGUUGCCCGCGUUGAUCAAGAGCUGCGUACCCUCGUGGAGGAGCGUCGUCGUGGGGCGUCGGCGACAGAGCGGCCUGGGAGUCACCGACGCCGCGUAUUGGGGCCCAUUGCACCCGACUCAGCCACCAACAGUCCCCGUCUGUAAUGGACGAAACGUUCUUUGUGAACGGCAACGCGCCUUGCAGCGCGCGCGCGUGUGUGUACCGAGUGGUAGACAACGAUACUUGAGAUGAAUGAACCUUAUCGACCUUUGAAUGCUUUACUACAAUUGUUUCGAAUACCUUACCCCGUCUUGUCAUGCCUCGUGCAUGACAGACUCGCAGUGCGAGCGACGGACGUGCAGGGUGAGGGCACACCAGGCAGGGGUGUUGACCCUUGAACUCGGACCUUUGGCGUAGCAUGUAAAUUGAUGGAUUACAG